CACAUACAUACAAACUACAUGUGCAAAUAGACGUCCGAAAAAAUGGGUGAAGUUUUAACUGAUCGCCCGAAUUGAACAGUUUAUCGUACGAAAACGAUUUUCCGCGAAAUUGUACGACGAUGAAUGGUCUGCAGGUGACAAGUUUGUUUUUUAUAAUCAGUGGGGGAGUUCUCUGCUAUCCAGGUCAAUUGAUGGACGAACCAUCCCCCCAAUAUCAAAUACGCCUUCAGGUGCUGAAAAUCGCAUUGGCCAUUGAUGAAAAUUGGUCAGCCAUUUGGAGCGAAAAGCUAAAUCCAGUUCCGAUUUUAGCACAACCAAGACCUACAUUUUGUAUGCAGCUAAUUCCGGAAGAAAAUUUGAAAGAACCGAUCAACACGUACCAAGUGAUCAAGGAUAUCGUACAUAAUUGUUCGUUUUCGGGCUUGUACAUAAUCCACGGAAUGCACUUGUUGAGCCACUCAGUUAAGUGUUUCUUCCAGAAGCACGCACUGGCACAAUUAAAAACAAUCAAAUUUUUUUUGAACGGAAUCACCGAUGAAUUUAAAGAGUAUUUACGCAAACUCAUUAAAGAUUAUGAAAUGAUCGCAGACAAAUUAUCUGUUGUGGGUGCGUCACUCAGAAUUGUAUUCGAGUUAGUUUCGUUUUUUGAUGAAAUCCUGAGAGGAUUACCUACUGACGAUAGCGAUUUAAUGACAACGUGUAAAAACUUAAAGAGACGCAUAAUUACUGAAAGCGAAAAAUUGUGUGCCACUAAGGGUAAGAUGUGGUACGACAAAUCCAAUGUAAGAUAUUUGGAUAUAGAUGUCACCCAAGAAUUUGAAGCACCACCACAGAAACCGGAGGAAUCAUCGGAGAAAGUACCACAAUCUAGUGGUACGUCUGAGUUCAUAGUUAUACGUUCUCCAGAGUUUACACCGUUGCAACGUGUACUAAAUAAAGCUGAGGAAUUACGAAUAAUAAUGAAUAAGGUUUUUGAGGGGCUACUCAUUAGAGAAAUGCCUGUAGAAUUUUGGGCUGAAAUUUUCAGUGAUAAUAUCCUUAUAACAGAAACUGACAUGCAAAAAGUCGAAACGUUCGAAGCAAAUUUAGAAGGAGAAGUCGAAAAUGAUUUUAAUGAAUUUCCUUGGGAAGCAGUCACGCAAGUUUUUGAAUAAGAUGCAUUUCCAGUUACCAUUAAGGUUUAACUCUAGAGUAGCUUGUCGUAAAAUUGUCUUAUUGAUGUGCAAUAUUAUUAUAAUAUUAUAUUGAAUUUAAAUGUAGAUUAUAUAAAUCCGUUCACAGUAUAAAUUUAUUAUAUACUUAUUUGAUAAAUAAAUGUAUUCACAAUAUUUAUUUAUUUAUUUAUAAACGCAAGUCGGCGAUUUUAUGAUUACAUUUAGUGUUUGAUUUACAAGUAAUAGUUAUUUAUAAUAUAAUACUAAAAAUACACAGUAACAACGAAAAUAAUAUAUAGAC